AUAUAAACAAAUAGGAGUCUGUGACUCUAACCUUACUUUUGACGUUUUGUGGUAUAUACUGGCAAGAAAUUUUAAGUGGGUGAAGUUGACUUUUGAAAAGUUAUUGCCAAGAAACAUUACCAGGGCUAAGUCAGAACCUCUGCAUUACUAUGUCUCACAGUUUGCACGGCACUUACGUGUCAGAAAAGAUUAACAAAAUCCGUUGGAAGCCAGACGAUUUUAAUAAUUGUCAUUUUUUCGUAACCGGUAGUGUAGACAAUGAUGAAAAUACAAUAAAAUUAUGGGACCUUACGACUGUCGAAGAAGACGAUAUAUAUCCAUUUCAAGUUGCUUCCCUACCUUAUGAUGGUGAUGUCACUGAGAUAAAGGUAUGGUUGCUAGUAAUUUAGGAACUUUAAAACCCCUCUCUCCUCUGACCUCUACAAUUGUUGGGCUCAAUAGAAUGAUGAUGGUACCUGUCUACCUCGUUAUUGAAGACUGGUUUGAAAGUAUAGUGAAGCAUCUUGUCCCUUCAUGGUUGUAUGAGGUUGUCGGUCUUAUGGGAGCAAACAUGUUCUUGGAUACAGACAACUUUGUAUCCUCAUCGUCUUCUGGUUCAGUAUAUCUGAUGAGAACAUGUCAACCAUACAAUGAUCAAAUUCACCUGAAAACAACUACUGAAUGGAAGAAUAUCCACAAGUUUGACAAUGGAGAGGAAAGUCCUUGCACAACAUUGGCAGUGUAUGAGAAAAACGAUAUAAUCACAGUAGGUGAAGAUGGUUGUAUUAAUUUGUUGAAUUCCCAAUCACAGAGAAUAUUGAGAAAAAUUGAUAAUGCAGAUAGUUGUUCUAUCCACUGUGUGAUCUUUCUGAAGCAUAAUGAAAUUCUUACUAGUAAUUUGAGAGGCCAGAUGAAGAUAUGGGAUUUGCGAUCUCAGAAUGAUCAACCAACUAAUAAUUUUAUGUUGAGUGGUGAUCAAGUUACUCCCACCUGUCUAACUUACCACCCAACUCAGAGGCAUUUGCUAAUUACUGGUGAUGAUCUGGGUGCAUUGACCACGUGGGACUUGCGUCAUAACACUUACCCGAUAAAUGUAUUGAACGCCCAUGAAGGAGCCAUUUCCGAGAUCCAGUUCCAUCCAGACCAACCAGAUCACCUCUUCAGUUGUUCCAGUGCUGGAGAGAUCUGGCAUUGGUCCACCAAGGCCAAAACAGGCUCUUCUCUCAUGCCAGAAUCAGAUCCAAAUGUUUGGUUGGCACAUGAUAAUGUAAAAAAUAAACUUGAGGUUUUCACUCUGAUGCCGACACUUGGAAAAUCGAUCAAUACGUUGGAUUUAAGUAGGAAUAAGGUUAUCUGUGGUUGUGAUAAUGAAGCUAUUUAUUUGAUUAAUGGUGUAACUUUGUGUUGAAAAUAUAAGCUGAAUUAUUUUUUCAAUUUUUAAUGUUUUUCUCCUAUAAUAGAUUAUUUUUUUUUAUGGAUUAUGGAUUAAACGUGUG